AACAGAUAUUCAGCCGAGCCUACAGCAUUCUCUUUAGCAGUCCUGUUUUUAGGCAUUACAGUGAAUGUGCUUGCAAUCCCCUCUCCAAGACAGUUCACUUUGCAUGCAGAUGGGGAAAAAAGUCAAAAAAGAGUCUGAACCAUUCCCUAAGGAUGUGUUUGACCCUCUGCCUAUCGAGAGCAAGAAUGCAGCAACAGCAGUUCUCAUGCUCAGCUCUCCUGAAGAAGAGGUGCUUGCAAAAGCUUGUGAAGCCAUCCACAAAUUUGCCGAAAAAGGCGAUGAGAAUAAGACUUCUUUGAUGUGCUUGGGAGCAGUCGAGUCCCUUUCUCAUCUCAUUUCUCAUGAAGACAAGACUGUGCGAAGGAAUGCUGUCAUGGCCCUGGGCAUCAUGGCUUCUAACAGUGAAGUUAAAAAAAGUUUGAAGACCUUGGAUGUGCUACCUGCCAUCAUUAGCAAGCUAUCACCUGAUGAAGAUGUUGUGGUCCAUGAAUUUGCCACUUUGAUUUUGGCAUCACUGUCAGUGGACUUCUCCUACAAGGUCCAAAUAUUUGACCAUAAAGGACUUGAACCUCUUAUUCGGCUCUUAUCCAGCCCAGAUCCUGAUGUGAAAAAGAAUUCUGUGGAGUGCAUCUUUAAUCUUGUACAAGACUUUCAGAAUCGAGCGGCUGUGCAUGGGCUAAAUGGGCUGCCCCCAUUACUAGAUCUCCUGCAGUCAGAGUUCCCUGUUAUCCAGCAACUUGCACUGCACACUAUAGAGAACAUCACGACUGACAGUGAAACCCGGGUGGCCUUUAGGAAUGCACAGGGCUUUGAAAAAAUCCUGGAAGUCCUUGCAACCAAAGAGUUUAGUGACCUGCAUGCGGGGGCUCUCAUUGUUAUCACUAACUCUCUAGAAGACAGUGAUUCCAUGCAGCUUUUUCAUGAUAUGGGUGGAGUGGAGCGGCUACAUCAGUUUGUUGUCACGGCCAGACUGCCUGAAGUGCAGGCUAAUGCAGCCAAGGCCAUAUCCAGGGUAGCAGAGAGCAGUGAGAACAGAAAAAUCCUGCAUGAACAUAAUGUAGAAAAGGCCCUUGCUGACCUUCUUGCACAGGAUAAUGAGAGUGUACGCACUGCUGCAUGCCAGGCUGUGGCAACAGUGAGCAAAAACCUGUCCAGCAGGGAAACUUUCAGAUGUCUGGAUGUGAUCAGGGUCAUCGUACAGCUUCUGAACAGUGAGGAAAGUGAGAUGAGAAUGGCUGCAGCAGAGGCCCUGGCCAGUCUGACCAACAGCAACAAACUCAAUGCUUAUGCAGUAUAUGAUACUGAGGGUGACAAGCUCCUGGUGCGACAGCUGCAAGACAGCUGCACGAAGGCUGCUGUGUAUGCAGCAGCAGUCUUGACGCACAUGGCAUCGCAGGAGGAGCUGCGCAGAAGCAUUCUGGGCCAUGGAGCUAUGCCAGCAUUGGUGGGGCUGCUAAGCUCCAUUGACAACAACACACUGAUCAGUGCAACCCAGGCUGUGGCUUCACUGGCCUGUGAUGCAGAGGCCAGGGUAGAGCUCAGAAAUAUUGGAGGCCUUUCCCCUUUAGUGAAACUGCUCAAAUCAAUCAAUGCUGAAAUCCGUCGGAACGCUUGCUGGGCUGUUAGUGUGUGUGCAAAUGAUGAAAUAACUACCAUAGAAUUGUGCAAUGCAGGAGCUUUGGAGAUACUUCAGGAGAUCAACCUGUCACCACAUCGUAAAAACAAGUUUAGUGAGGUGGCCAUGCAGAAGCUUCUUGAAAACAAUCUGUCUUUGAAGUACAGUCUGACAGGACACCUGUCAUCCACUGAUAUGACCACUGAUGGAUUCUACGACCCUGGCCAGAUAAGAAUGGGUCAUCAUGUUCCUACCUUAGAGGAUAUAUCAAAACAAGUUGUGAACCAACAUCGAGCCACCAUUGCGGUUAAUGGAAAACACCCGGAUCAAUUGAUUGCCAAAGAACCAGAGGACCGUAAGCAAGACAGUUCAACAGAAAAUUCCACCUCAUCUGUUAUGAGCAGCAAAAGGAGUGGCAAAACGCCAAGUAAAAUGAAGGGGAAGGGUCACAGGGAAGAUGAGAAAAAGAAGGAUGAGGAUGAGGGUAAGCCACAGCAGGAGACAGUGGUGGAUGAAACAUGGAGGCUACCGGAUGAUGCUGCGUUUCAUAACCUUGUCAAAGAUGCAGCCAAAUCCAUCUUGCCACUUCAGGAAGAGGUCAAGAUGUAUAUUGCAUUGGCCAAGUUUGUUUGUGAUGCAAUGGGUGGCCAGGUUGAGCCAGAGAAGCUGCAUGACUUCCUGUGGGAACUGCACAUAAGCGAGCUGAAGCUUGAAGCCCAUUCUAACAUUGUUCCCAUUGGCAAGAUAAAAAAGGGCACAUACGUCCACAGAGCACUACUUUUCAAGGUUCUCGCAGACAGAAUUGGACUAAGCUGCAGUCUCGUUAGAGGAGAAUACAACCGCGCCUGGAACGAAAUCUUCCUCAUCACUGGCCCAAAGAGAUCUUAUGGUCAUGCUCAUCCUGAAAGCUACAUCAUAGAUCUCAUGCAUCAACCUGGCAACCUCAUGAGGAGCAACUCACCAGCAGCUCUAGCAUAUCAGACCAUUUGAGAGUACCACUGUAGAUGUGUAACUGUUGUUUAUUUACAUUAAAGACAUUAAAGGGAUAGUUCACCCAUAAAUGAAAAUCCAUCCCAGAUGUGUAUGACUUUCUUUCUUUAUUCUGCAGAACACAAACAAAUAUUUU